UGUCUCUUGCUGAGGCGCGGAGGCACCCCUGGCACCCCGGAGGCUCCCAGCCAGGAGAGGAUCGCGGCUCUUUCCCGUGCUGGGGAGAGGCGGGAGAGCAGAGCGCCGACGGCUUGGGCGGUUAGGAAGCGGGGUGCGUGUGUUUGUGUGCGUGUGUGUGUGUGGGGUGGGCAGGAUGCAGCUGUGCCGGGGCCGCGCGUUGGGCAUCUCCGUGGCGGUGGCGCACGGGGUUUUCUCCGGCUCGCUCAACAUCCUGCUGAAGUUUCUCCUCAACCGCUACCACUUCACCUUUCUGACGGUGCUGCAGUGCUUGACCAGCUCCACGGCGGCGCUCAGCCUGGAGGUGCUGCGGCGACGGGGCGCCGUCGAAAUGCCGCCCUUCAGCUUCAGCCUGGGGCGCGCUUUCGCCGGGGCCACGCUCCUCUCCACGCUGCAGUCCAGCCUCACCCUCUGGUCCCUGCGCGGGCUCAGCCUGCCCAUGUACGUGGUCUUCAAGCGCUGCCUGCCCCUCGUCACCCUCCUCAUCGGCGUCCUGGUGCUCAAGAACGGCGUCCCUUCCCUCGGGGUGUCGGUGGCCGUCCUUAUCACCACCUGCGGGGCUGCUCUGGCAGGUGCGGGUGACCUGACUGGUGAUCCCAUUGGGUAUGUCACCGGAGUUCUGGCUGUGUUGGUACAUGCAGGAUAUUUGGUUGUGAUUCAAAAGAUGAGUGCAGAUAGUGACUACGGGCCUCUGACAGCCCAAUAUGCCAUUGCCGUUUCAGCCACACCUUUUCUCAUCCUAUUCGCCUUUGUCAGCAUGGAAGCCAUCAAUAUCUGGUCAUUCCCAGGAUGGAAAGAUCCCCUCAUGACAUUCAUCUUUUUUGCCUGUGUCUUAUUGGGCUGUGCCAUGAAUUUUACAACCCUUCAUUGCACUUACAUCAACUCAGCUGUAACCACUAGUUUUGUUGGUGUUGUGAAGAGCAUUGCAACCAUCACCGUUGGGAUGGUAGCGUUCAAUGAUGUGGAACCCACAAAGCUGUUCAUAGCAGGCGUGGCAGUAAACACUGUAGGAUCCAUCACCUAUUGUAUAGUCAAGUUUAUUGAGACAAGGAAACAGAGUAAUUAUGAAGAUCUGGAAGAGGAACUUAGAGAAGAAGAGAAGAAAGACUAUGAGGGAAGUCAACCACCCUUUUCAAUGGAGGAGAUGCCUAAGGAGGCAGAAUCUGGAGAUCCAAUAAUGGAGGAGUCAGCAGAUGAAAACAAACAGCACAGCACAGAAGAGAUGGGCAGCACUGGAGAAGAAAGAAAUGCUACUCUUGUUCCAGUAGAUGGUAGUACCGAAGAACUUAAUAGAAACUCACUAAAGAAUGCCUAUCUUGGAAUAUGGAGGUUAAUUAGGGGGGCCAAUUAUGCAAAGAAAGAUUAUCUAGUAGAAAAUGAAGAGUUACCAAGUCCUGAAAAAGAGUAAUUCUGUAACAAAUUCCAAACAAGAAUCUAUGUCUUUUAUUCCUUGUGGUGGGAAUAUGGACCAACAAAUGCUUUCAUACAUUCAUAAAAAAAAGCUUAAUGGGGAAAUGUUAUCUCAUUCUAAUGAAACUAAAGCACCAGGUUCAUGCUUAGAUUCAGUGAAUUUUCAUUUUUCAGGGUACAUAAUUUCAGAUCAGGACCAAUAAAGCAAACAUCUCAUACUGGAAAUCCUAGGUUUAUAGCCAUAGAAGUCAACUAGAUAAGAUUUACAGGUUCCUCCACGAAUGCUUCUAGAAGCCUUAAUAUAAUUAUUCCAAGAUGUUCAAUGCCAUAAACAAAAUCUAAAGUUUUUUUUCCUAAGAUAGUGCAAAAGAAGAAAAUACUGGGUUUCAUGUGAGCUGAAUUAAAUAAGUAGGAGAUGGGGGGUGGAAAUAACUGCCAGAAUGGAUGUAUGUGCAUAUUAUUGAGGAUUCGUGGGCUAUCCUUACCAUAAAUGAAUGAAAGCCAAAUCAUAAGAUUCUGCUGAAAAUUCUAUACCAUCCAUUUUAAAUUCUACCUCUCUAAAAUUGAUUGAAUAUUUGUGAAUAUAAACAUGCAUAAAGAAGUAUAUUUAUUACCACAGAGUGUAUAGACUAUUCUGAGGUGCAAUGCUUCUAAACUUGAAGGUUGCAUCUAGAGCUGUCCUACUAAAUGUAGCUAAUGCCUUUUAGAUUACAGAUCUAGAAAUCAUAAUCAGGUCUUGAAUUAUGUAUAAUUAAUUAUAUAUGUGGAAGGAAUUCAUAUUGUUUUACAUGAGAUACAUUUAUCCUUUUGGAUUCCAUGGACUAACCCCUUUUUCUGGGCUGGGCUGCCAAAUCAAUUGGUGUCUCCGCACUCCUAUAAUAAGAAGGGAAGCCCUGAUUACAAGAAAGAAAAGUAUCUACUGUGGUUCAAAAUACAAAGCACACAGAAUUCUUGAUCUUACCAAGGUAUAGUCAGAACCAGCCUCCCCACCAGGGGGCACUAUAGAGAGGGAAGAAGUGAGGGACUUCAGCAGGCCUGUCUGUGGGCUCAGUCUGCCUCUCCUUAACAAACUAAUGACCUGAUCUAGUUCAGCUAAACUGCAAAUUUAGGAAAAAUCAAUCUAUCCAUUUACUGAAGGUUUUCCAGAACCGAAAGCUGAAGAGUAAUCCUGGGUUUCAAUUGACUCAAGGAAGUAGUGGGUUUCAAUUUCGGCUGCUACCGGUUUGCUUGUGGGUGUGCUUCUGCUCACACGCGAUGCUUCUGCGCAUGCGCAGAGACAUCCGGGCAGGUGGGCGGAGCCUCCCACCACCAACACUACCGGUUCGCAUGACCCGGGGUGAACCGGUAGCAACCCACCACUGACUCAAGGGCUGUGUCUUGAACUGUUACUGAGCAACCUACAGCUGCUAGUAGUUCUAGUGUAGGGUAGGCAUUGGAGGGAGAAACUUCACUGCCCGAAUUGGCAGAGUUGGUAAAAAUAGCUCUAAUCGUUCCUGUAACAUUUUGUACAUCAGAAGGAUCAUUUGCUUGCCUCUGUAGCACAAAGACCUUUCCGCAGUCAAGCAUGGGCAAGCUGGACAGUCAAACACAUGCCUCUUUCCUGCGGGCAUAAAUAGAUUUCACAAGUGACUGAUCUCAGUUUCAUAGUCAACGCAUUCAUCCAAAGAGCCCCAAUCCAACAAAGCACAUUCAGCAUGUCUGAAUAAGCCUAAAUUGUAUUCUGGCACUGGUAUAGAUGAUCAUGAAAAAAGGAUGUGAAUUUUUAAACUUUUAUUUAUCGAUUGAAUACAUUUCUAUACUGCCCAUGUCACCUAAGUGACUCUGGGUGGUUUAAUUUUUUUUUUUUAAGUAUGUUACAAGAUCAGAACACUUUUCAUGUCCCAGUGUCUUACUUAAGUCAUGGUUUCAUUUUAGCUUUUGCUUUCCCUCCUUAAGGUGCCCAUACAUUCAGGUGCUGUGCUGUGCUGUGUUUUCAUUUGUUGUGUGAAGAAUAUUUGGGAAUAUCUAUUGUUUAUCUGCAGGCCAUCGAUCUCCCAGGAAAAUUUAUCAGUUAAAGUCCACAAGUGCACUAUAUUCC